UCUCUCUCACACCCAUACAUACACUCUCUUAAGAAACCUCUCCUUCUCUUUCGCUCUUCUCUCUUCUUGAAAUCUCUGUGACAUUGUUUGGGCCUUUCCAAUAGUUCCUCAAUAUUCUAAUCCAUCUUCACCAAAGUGCACUCUCUAUUUAAUACAGAGUACUCUGUAUCUUCCCUGUUUUUCACUAUCUAGGACUCCAGAAACAGUUAGUCCAUUAUUGUAACUUCUGAAAUAUCUUUUAAGAGUCUUUAGGAAAGAAGAAAACGAAUAUGACGAACCAAAAUGUGGUAGUUCAGGACGCUCAAGUUGCUAUCAACAUGGCCAUCAACGUCGCCGUUUCUAACUCUGGGCUUUUCACGACGGCAACUCAGAAGCCACCGUCUGCUCCGGGAGGUUAUAUCUCCAUUUCCCGAAGGAAGUUUUUGACAAACAUCGAGAUUAAUGGAGGAGCAAGAAUCAACACCUGGGUUGACACAAUGAGAUGCUCGUCUCCAACCCAUAUCAAGGCCGCUGCUCCUCUUUCCGACGACAAAAGCUCUUGGAUUCAUCAUCACCCAUCAGCCUUGGACAUGUUCGAGCAAAUUAUUGAAGCUUCAAAAGGAAAGCAGAUAGUUAUGUUUUUGGAUUACGAUGGUACCCUUUCUCCCAUAGUCGCAGACCCGGAUCGAGCUUACAUGUCUGACUCGAUGAGAAAGACAGUGAAAAGCCUUGCAAGAUGUUUUCCCACUGCUAUAGUGAGUGGAAGGUGCAGAGACAAGGUGUAUAGCUUUGUACGAUUGGCAGAGCUGUACUAUGCCGGAAGCCAUGGCAUGGACAUUAAAGGACCAGCAAAAGGUUCCAAAUACAAAAAAGAUAAUGCAAAAGGUGUUCUGUUCCAACCAGCCAGUGAAUUUAUUCCCAUGAUCGACGAGGUUCACAAACAGUUGAUUGAGAAAACUAAAUCAACUCCCGGAGCAAAAGUUGAGCACAACAAGUUCUGUCUCUCGGUACAUUAUCGCUGUGUUGAGGAAAAGAAAUGGACCGAAGUGGCCCAGCAAGUAAAAUCAGUUCUGAAGGAGUAUCCCAAGCUGAGACUCACACAUGGAAGAAAAGUGUUAGAAAUCCGUCCUACUAUCAAAUGGGACAAAGGGAAAGCCCUUGAGUUUUUGUUGGAAUCACUUGGAUUCGCCAAUUGUGCCGAUGUUUUUCCUGUUUAUAUUGGGGAUGAUCGAACAGAUGAAGAUGCAUUCAAGACUCUAAGAGAAAGAGGACAAGGAUUUGGCAUUCUUGUGUCUAAAAUUCCAAAGGACACCAAUGCUUCUUAUUCUUUGCAGGAACCGACCGAGGUUAUGAAUUUCCUUCAAAAAUUAGUGGAAUGGAAACGGCAGUCAAUAAGGAGGCAGGCCACGCUGUAAAAUUGUAUAUAUAUAUUAUAUUAAUAUUGAUAUAUAUAGAAUAUUAUUGUAUCUAUCUUCAUCACCCUUUUCCAAAAAUGUUUUAAGGGUGUAAUCGAUAGCGGUCUAUAUGUAAUUUCUUGUUCAGGAUAAUUAAGAAUAGAUAGAGUGGGGGAAAGGGACAAGAAAAGGGGAAAAGAAAAUGUCUUCUAACUUUUUUCUUCGCCCGAAGCCGAAGGAAGGCCUUGCCUUGUACAUCGUGUUGUAGCUAUCCUUGUACAAGGAUUAAAACUAGUACUAAUUAAUGUAAUUUUGCCAAGUUUCCAAAUGCAAACAUCUCUGAAUAA